GGAACCAACCAGUGACAUUUUCCCACUUCCCUCUUCUCCCUCCACCUCGUUUCCAUCGCCGCAACCUCCCCAAAUAUAUCUCCACUAUAUAAAAUACUAUUAUUUCCCCAGAGAGAAAAACAAACAAAAACAGAUUCAAUUUUGAUUUUUGUGGUGAAGAAAACAGAGAAAGAAAGAAAAAAAAAUGAUGUUGAAAGGAUGCAAUGCAGAUCUAUUACAAACCCUAGCUCAUUCUAGAUUCUUACCCAAAACUAAAACCCCUUUCAGAGGAAUUUCUGUUGUUUCAUGUUCUUCUUCAUCUAAAACAUCAACAACAACAACUACAGCUUCUGAUCUUGUUAUUAACGAUACUAAGAAUUCUUCUUCUGCUGCUGUUUCUGGUUCUAAUUCAGCAUUUAGUUUAGCGGAUAGGCUGCGUUUAGGUAGUUUGCUUGAAGAUGGUUUAUCUUAUAAAGAGAAUUUCAUUGUUAGAUGUUAUGAAGUUGGGAUUAAUAAAACUGCUACUGUUGAAACCAUGGCUAAUCUGUUACAGGAAGUUGCAUGCAAUCAUGCACAGAGUGUUGGGUUUUCAACUGAUGGAUUUGCAACAACUCCUACCAUGAGGAAAAUGGAUCUCAUAUGGGUCACUUCCCGCAUGCACAUUGAGAUUUACAAAUACCCAGCUUGGGGUGAUGUGGUUGAGAUCGAAACAUGGUGUCAAAGUGAAGGGAGAAUUGGUACUAGGCGUGACUGGAUUCUUAAAGAUUUUGCUACUGGUGUAGUUAUUGGGAGAGCUACCAGCAAGUGGGUGAUGAUGAAUCAGAACACAAGAAGACUUCAAAAAGUCAAUGACGAUGUGCGGGAUGAAUAUUUGGUUUUCUGCCCACGGACACCUCGAUUAUCAUUUCCUGAGGAAAAUAACAGCAGUUUGAAGAAAAUUCCCAAGCUUGAAGAUCCUGCACAAUAUUCCAAACUACGCCUAGUGCCAAGAAGAGCUGAUCUGGACAUGAACCAGCAUGUCAACAAUGUCACUUACAUUGGAUGGGUUCUUGAGAGCAUUCCUCAAGAGAUCAUUGACACUCACGAGUUGCAAAAGAUCACAUUAGACUAUCGACGAGAGUGCCAGCACGACAACACUGUUGAUUCUCUCACUAGCCCAGAGAUGACUGAUGAUGUAGAUAAGCUUCAAGAGACAAAUGGAUCUGUCACAGGGAGAAGGCACGAAAUGGAUACUUGUCAAUUUUUGCAUUUCUUGAGACUAUCAGGCGAAGGGCUUGAAUUAAACCGAGGAAGAACCGAAUGGAGAAAGAAACUUGCAAGAUGAAAAGGCGUCAAAUUCAGUUUAUUCUUUUUUGUUGUUUCAGUUUGUAAGCUUUUUUCUUUUCUUUUCGUUUCUGGUUAAUUAGCUAAGCCAAGUAUCAUUAGAAUUAAAGAACGUUAUGCUUUUCGAGUGCUAAGAGUGUAUGAUGUUGAUGUUGAAGUACCCAGUUUGAACUUCGUGAAACAAGACGGAUAUUUGUUCAUCAUGAGCUUGUAAUUUUAUGUUCGCUGUUAUUUGAAUCGAUGAUGAAUGCCAGUUUUAACCAA